AUGCCCCACGAACGAAGCUCCUCCCACCGCCGUGGCCCUCACGGCCGCCACCACGACCAAAAUUUCCCACCCCAACGCUACUGCGAUCUCUCCCACAACGACAUGCUCCUCCUCGCACCACUCUUCCGCCCUAUGCCUCUCCCUCUCGAUUCUUCUUACGCAACUCAUGCUUCAGCCCUCCAAGCUCGAAUCCUCGAACUCCCGCCUCAUCUCCUCCGCUCUAAACCCGAAACUCCAGCUUCUUCUUUCGCUGCUCGAUUUUCUUCUUCCUCUGACGACCAUAGCACUUGCUGUGAAUUGCAUAAGAACCUGUCUCCCAGACCGAUUGAGAGUCUGGUCAGACAUCUGAAAUGCGCAGUCCACUUGGACGAAUUGAAGAAAUACGAUUUUGAGAAUUUGCAAAUGCAGAUUUUGGGGGAUAUGGUUGUUAGUUGGGGGAGUAAUAGUCGGAACUAUGAAGGGUCUGGGGGAUUGUCUUUGGAUGUUAAGUAUGGGCCUAUUUCGGCCGAGUUUGUCGAAGAUGAUGAUGACGAGCAGGAGGUGGGCGGUUUGAGAAGGAUGUUGAGUUUGAAGGGGAGGAAGAGUGGGAAGAAAGACAAAGAGAGGAAGAUUUGUUGCGCGGCUUGUAAGCUUUCGAAUAUUUCGGGGGAUUUGUAUGGGUUGCAGAUUUUGGGGGCGCUUGUUGCGGGCGAUGUGGGGAGGAGGAAUUGGAGGGCUUCGAAGAGGAUGCGGUGGAUGGAGGUUUGGUAUGCGAGUGUCAAGGGGGAGAAUCUUGCUGGGGAGAUGAGAGAGGUUGUGAAGCCGAUGUGGGAGAUGGCUGUUGAGUUUGCGAGGUAUCGAUAUGAUGCUUCGGGGCGUGAUAGUGAUUCUGGCCGAGGUGAGGAUGAGAGGGAUUGGAUUGAGGAGUUUCAGGAAGAGGUUGUUCAGAAUAAGAGAAGGGGCCGGCAGGAGGGGAGGGAGGAGAUGGGAUUUCAGCACCAGAUUCCUUCGCCGGAUGCUUUUGUCGCUCGUCCUCUUCCAGACCCUUUCGUUGACGGACCUCAGGAGACCGAACGCAGGAAUGGCGCUGAAACUUGGCGUAUUCCUUCGCCGCCGAUUUCUCCUCUGCACCCUCGCCCUGCACACCCAAGACGACGAGCACCGGAUGCGAUGAGCACUGCUUCUUCCUUCUACUCACAACACUCGGCGAUGAACGACUGGGACGGCUUCAGGCAAUCUCAAGAGCCCUUGAGACCCAUGGCAACCCCCAGCAGACCUUCUACGGCGACCCCAAGCAGACCUCACGAGGGUUACCCAACGCCCUCCUCGGCCUACUCUCGUGGGCCCCAGUCUCCCGGCCACGGGAUGAGCAGGACCAGGAGAGACCCGGCAAGUACGAUCAGCCAGAUCAUUGACUUGUACGAUCACUAA